AUGCAGCUGCCCAUCUUCCUGGUACUUGCGGCCGCCUUCCCUGCGCUGAUGCCUGGCGGAGGGGAACCGGUCUUCAACAAAAGGGAUCACUCUGACACUCAACUGAACAAGCACCGGGCUCCCCGCGUCCUCACCGCCCAAACAGCAGAGGAAUAUUUAAAAAAAUUUGGCUGGGGCGAUCCUAUCGAUUGGGAAUAUCAAGUGUCAGGGAAGGACUUGGCUCCUCCAGAGGAAAACCCAGCUCCCCGAGAUGUGCUUCAGAUCAUGACUGAAGGAAUUUCUGGAGAUUCUGUCACAAAGGAUCAUCUGAAGCAGCCCAACAACAACACUUCUUACCUUCAAAACCUCAAGGAGUUCCAGAAAGCCAAUGGCUUGAGUCCCACUGGAAUCCUGGACAAUGCCACCCUCAGUGUAAUGAACCUACCUCGUUGCGGUGUGCCUGAUAAGAUGCUGCUGGAGAACAGCUCCCUCAUAAAUGCAACGUCACGCAAUGAUUUGGACAGCACGUCUUCUGACAGAACCAGCAGCGACUCGAACACCACCCGGCCUGCCACAGGGCCAGAAUCCAUCCGGAGGAAGCGCUUCCUCAACCGUCUGGUGAAGCACGCCAGGAGGAAGCGAGGCAGCUUGGAUGCUCUCGGAGGAGCUGCUAGCAGUCUGGCCUUCUCAAAGAGAAAGCUAAAAUGGCGCCUGAUGGAUGAGGCCUUCACCAUCCAAAUGAGUGUUGAGGAGCAGAAGAGUAUCCUGAGGCUGGCCUUCCGCAUGUGGAGUGAGGUGACACCACUGGAGUUUGAGGAGGACUUGGCUUCUCUCCCUGCUGACAUUGACAUUAAGCUGGGCUUUGGAACAGGGCAACACCUUGGCUGUUCUCAGGACUUUGAUGGGACGGGACAGAUCUUUGCCCAUGCCUGGUACUUGGCCGAUAUCCAUUUUGACGACGCUGAACAUUUUGUUGUUGCCAACAACGGUCAGGGCAUUAGCCUCCUUACGGUUGCUGUCCACGAAAUUGGUCAUGCCCUUGGUUUGUCCCAUCUCCUUCGAACAGGCUCUGUCAUGCACCCUAAUUACAACACCCAAAGUGAAAACUUUGAGCUCGGCUGGUUAGACAGAAAGGCUAUACAGCGCUUAUAUGGUGUUUGUGAAGGUGCUUUCAGCACGGUUUUUGACUGGGUCUAUCAGCGUGAGAAUUCUGAUGGCACUGUAACUUACCACUUCAAUACGUACUUCUUCAGGAAGAGCUGGUACUGGAUGUAUGAGAACAGAAGCAACAGAACACGCUAUGGAGAUCCAAUUCCUAUCUCUGCAGGAUGGCGCAAUCUCCCUGAUUCAGAUAUAGAUGCAUUUGUUCAUAUCUGGACAUGGAGCAGCAAUCUUGAGGAGAAGAGAGAUGCACAGUACUUCUUCAAAGGGACGCAGUACUGGCACUAUGACCCCAUUAACGAUAUGGCCUUUACUCAAGACGCACAUGGCACCAGAUAUCCCAAGCUCAUUAGUGAUGGCUUCCCUGGUGCUCCCAGCCCAAUAGACACAGCUUAUUUUGACAGAAGAGACCGGAACAUUUAUUUCUUCAGGGGUGAUGAGGUGACGGCCUUCACCAUCGAUCUUAACCAGAAGGUUAAUGGGUUUCCCAGAAAGAUCGUGAACUUCUUCCCUCCAACGGUGGCUGGCGACCAUCCACUAGGAAACUUGGACGCCGCGUUUUACUCCUACACACACCGCGCACUCUUCUUCAUGAAGGAUCAGCAUUUCUGGAGGGUGGUGAGUGAAACGGAGCACCAAGCCAAUCCUGCGCUGCCAGCCAGGGGUUUGCAUGGCCGCAGAAGAGUGUCCGAGCAAUGGUUCGACAUCUGUGACAUCCACCCAUCGAUGCUCAGUGCGGUGCCCAGUUAA